UUUUUUGAGCGCCGUUGUGUGGACCAAUCACAUGGCUGAACAUGCCUGUUGUCAACAACACCACCUAAUCCAAUCCAAUCCAAUCCAGAUUGUAACACUGAGAUUAUUAAUCCAAUCCCAAUCCAACUUGCUUCUUUCUCUGUUACCCUUCAACUGCAGUAAUUGGAUUGAGAACCAACGAAUCAUGAGCGGUCUCUCCGGUUUAUGGAGCUCGUUCAAGCGUUUGGAUGCUUAUCCCAAGACUUUGGAGGAUUUCCGUAUCCAAACUUUUUCAGGGGGAACCAUCACGGUUUUGGCCGCUUUGCUUAUGGCCGGCCUUUUUGCCUCCGAGAUCAUAGAGUUUCAAAGGCCGGAAGUGAGGGAAGAGAUCUUUGUCGAUACCUCCAGAGGUUUGGAUAAAAAGCUGAAGAUCAAUUUUGAUGUGAUCAUCCAUCAUGUGAGUUGCUCCUAUCUCAGCCUGGAUGCCAUGGAUGUUUCUGGUGAACAACACAUCGGGAUCCAGCAUCACGUGUUCAAACGCAGACUUGAUCUCGAUGGCAAACCGUUGGAGGAUCCCGUCAAAGAGCGACAACUGGGCGAAUCAGCCCAAAUCGUAAACAAGACCAAGAACAACGAGAUUGAGGUGGUCACAUGUGGCAGUUGCUACGGUGCUGAAACGGCCGAGCAAAAGUGCUGCAAUACUUGCAACGAGGUCAAACAAGCCUAUUCGCGCAAGACCUGGAAAUUCGACCCCCGCGGUGUCGAUCAGUGUAAAAGUGGGGCCACGGAUGAAGAAGAGUCGAAUGCGUUGAAAGAGGGUUGCCAAAUGUACGGCUACCUGGAGGUCAAUCGAGUAGGCGGCUCGUUCCAUUUCGGUCCUGGGAAGAGCUUUUCCAUCAAUCAUGUUCAUGUGCAUGAUGUCCAGCCUUUCACAUCCUCUGAGUUCAAUCUCACCCACACCAUUCGACAUCUAUCCUUCGGACAGGCCGUUCAAAGCUCGGAGGAAUCCGCUUUGGAUGGCGUGGUUGGGUUUGCUGAGAAAGGUGGGACCAUGUUCCAAUAUUACCUCAAGGUGGUCCCGACCACCUAUAUCCGAGAAGAAAUGGUCUUCCCGACCAAUCAGUACUCGGUGACUCGACACCAAAAGGUGGUUUCCUUAAUGUCGGGCGAGUCUGGCAUGCCCGGCGUGUUCUUCUCGUACGAGCUCGCACCUUUUAUGGUCAAAUAUAGUGAAAAGCAAAAAUCCUUGGGUCACUUCCUUACCGGAUUGUGUGCCAUAAUCGGUGGUGUCUUUACAGUGGCCGGCAUUUUAGACAAACUAGUGUACAGCUCCUCGAAGAUCAUCCUACAAAAGAUGGAGUUGGGCAAAGCCACGUGAAGAACCUCAGUAUUCUGUGAUACCAUUGUUAUUGUGAAUCCUUUGUUACCCGUCAGUUUGGUUUGAAAUCCAUAAAAAUCGCUCUCCUUUCUUGAUCAGCUUGCACGCUUGUGAAUAUUCCAACUUUCUCCUUAUUAAUUGUUCCAG